UGCAUGUGUGUGUGCAUGUGUGUGUGUGAGAGAGAGGGCUAGAUCCAGAUCCAGAUACAGUAGUAACCUCCUCGAGUGAGGUGGCAGUCUCUUACUCCACAUCGACACCGUCUUGACCCAGUCAGUGCGCACAUCUUAUUAUAUCUGCGUCUCCAUCGCAGCGGAGGAGCGUGAGGGGGAAGAAAGUCAAGAUGGCAUCUGGACGCGGACGCGGACAGUCCGGGAUCUAGUCUCUCUCUUCCUGCGGAGCACAAGACACACACCAGCAGCACAAGGCGUCAAUAAUAAGUUUCUGGACCCCGCUGGGACUGUUCAGCACUGACAAAGGACGGGGAGCUGCGCAUUCAUGGGACGCGACUUUGACAGCUCUCCAUUCCUCGUCUUAUAACUUCAUCACCAUCAGCAGGACAGAGAGAACCGUGUGCGGAGCUGGCUGAGGAUAAUGUCUGAGGCUCCGCUGCCCGACACACUCCCGGCCCUGGACGUGGCCAUCGACCCGGACUUCGAGCCGCAGAAGCGGCCCCGGUCCUGCACCUGGCCGCUACCGCGGCCGGACUCCGGCGCGGCCGAUAAGCCGGAGAGCGGCGACGCGGACAUCAUCCCGGAGGAGGAGGACGACGAGGAGGACAAUGCCGGCCCGACGGCCGCCGGCGUGGCGGCGGAGGACCAGAGCAGCAGCAGCUGCAGCCCCAUGGCCGACGGGGCGCUGCCGUCCCCGGGGCGGGACGGCGGAGGCUCCCCGCCGGCCGCGCACUCCCCGCCGGCCGCGCACUCCGGAGCGGGGGCGCACGGCGGCGCGGCCGCGGCGCAGACCCCCAGGAAACCGUCAUCCCGCCGCAACGCCUGGGGGAACCUGUCCUACGCAGACCUGAUAACCAAAGCCAUCGAGAGCUCGCCAGAGAAGCGGCUGACACUGUCCCAGAUUUACGACUGGAUGGUGAGAUCCAUCCCCUACUUCAAAGACAAAGGCGACAGCAACAGCUCUGCAGGAUGGAAGAACUCCAUUCGGCACAACCUUUCACUCCACAGUCGUUUCAUCCGUGUCCAGAACGAGGGAACAGGAAAAAGUUCCUGGUGGAUGAUCAACCCAGAGGGAGGGAAAGGUGGCAAGGCCCCCCGGCGCCGGGCAGUCUCCAUGGACAACAGCAACAAGUACACCAAGUCCGCCCGUGGCCGUGCUGCUAAGAAGAAGGCUGCCCUGCAGGCUGCAGCUGCUGCGGCUGGCGAAGGUGGGGGAGACAGCCCCUCAGGUCUCUCCAGGUGGCCCGGGAGCCCAACGUCACGCAGCAGUGAGGAGCUGGAUGCCUGGACAGACUUCCGCUCCCGCACCAACUCCAACGCCAGCACGCUUAGCGGCCGCCUCUCACCGAUUCUGGCAAACCCCGAGCUAGAUGAGGUGCCUGACGAUGAGCCUCCUCUCUCGCCCAUGCUCUACUCCAGUCCUGGCAGAGCGCUGUCUCCCGGGACCAGCAUGGUCAAUGGAAAGGCGGCACCCGCUGAGCUGCCCCGCCUGGCAGAUCUGGCAGGUACAAUGAACCUGAACGAUGGAAUCACAGAUGAACUGAUGGAAGAUUUGCUGGACAACAUCAAAAUGGUACCAACCACUUCCAGCCAGAUACUACAAAAUGGUUCUUCAGGGUUUAGUUUUGGGUCCAAACCCAAUGGCAUUAGUUCUCCUUCUUCCACUUCUUCUCCAUCCCCCAACUCUUCCCCUAAUGCUGGAAGUAAUAGUUUCAGUAAUUCCAUCUUUGGACCUCACACAGCAGGCUCCUCUCUGCGUCCGUCCCCAAUGCAGACCAUCCAGGAGAACAAACAAACAUCCUUCAGCAUGUCCAGCUUCGGCAGCCAAACCCUACAAGACCUGCUCAACUCUAGCAAUCACAAUCACAGUGAUGUCAUGAUGACCCAGUCAGACCCACUGAUGUCACAAGCCAGUGCAGCUGCUGUCGUUUCCCAAAAUUCCCGUCGCGGUCUGAUGCUCCGCAGUGAUCCGGUAAUGACUUUUGGGACCACCGGUGGAUCUCAGGGCAGCCAAAGGGAGAUGUUGCAAAGCAACAACCAUAACCAGAGUUCAUUGAAGUCUUUAAACGGAAGCCUGAACCUAACCAAUGAGGCUAACACUCUGGCGAAUGCCAAAAACCAGCUCCUGCUCUCACCACUGGGAGGAAAUGGAUCCUCCUCCAUGCAGAUUGACCCCUCAAUCUUCCUAAACGGCACAACCAGCAGCAGCGGAGGCAUCAGCCAGGAUCGCUUCCCCACAGAUCUAGACCUGGACAUUUUCAACGGCAGCCUGGAGUGCGACAUGGACUCCAUCAUCAGGAACGAGCUGAUGGAUGCGGAUGGCCUGGAUUUUAACUUUGACUCUCUGGCCAACAUGAACGGAGUGGGCACCUUCACAAGCACCAAGCAGACCUCUCAGAGCUGGGUACCUGGCUGAGAAAAGAGCAGCAGAGCUGGUCUGACCUGUGUGGUCCAAGAGAAGAUCAGACACACAGCAUCCUUUUGCCAAACCUGCCAUCAGCACAAUGUAAAAAUAAAAACCCUGUGUUUACAGAAGACUUCCUCUCACGAGCUUUACCUUCUCUCCCACACUGGUGAACCAUGGAUGAUCCCACAGACUCUGGAGACGCUGCACAUCAGCCCUCAAAGCCUCUUGUGAAACUACAAUACAAAAAAAAGAGCUAUGUCAAAACAAUCACAACAAACACACUUUAACUUUAGAAUUAUGCAAUUUUCCUUUUGACACCCAGUCUGUUGAUAUCAAAGAGACAGUUUAUCUGAAAGGGGUUUCAGGUGGAAUUCAAGGACUAAAUAUCAAGUGAGGAAGGAAGGAAGGUAGGAAGAUGAGUGGGGUGCAGCCGUUCCAGCUGAAGGCAAAAAAAAGAGACAGAAAUUAAGAAGUGAUGUGUAAAUCUGAUCCAGUGGUUGCCUGGAAUGUGUUACGUUGGAAAAAAUAAUCCUUCUGUCAGUGAUUUUUAAAUGUUCAGUGUUUGCUUUUUGGGGUUUUUCUGUUUUAUCAUUUCUGUUCCUGGAUCAUACAUGUCUGUGCAAAGAGAAUUGGUGUAUUGGUGAAAUGAAGAGGUGGAAACAGAGGGUGUUACUUACUGAGUGGCCACACGUACAGUUUCUUGCAUACACACAUACAGACAACACUGACACUUUACAAACCUCAGAAAUCUUAGAAGUUGAAAUUCCUCACUUUUAUGCCAUGCACUUACUGUUUUGUUGUUAUACUUUGCUUGAAUUUGAAUUAUCUGCAGCAUACUAAGGGUUAUAUUGCAAUUAACCGAACUUUGCAUCAUAAGAUUUAUCCUCAUGCACGUCAAAGUGCACAAAUAGAAGGAGGGGAGAAUAUCUCGUCUGUCUCUUUCUUUCUUUUUUUUUUUUUUGUUUUAACUCUUAGUUUUUAUAGCUUAUGGUGAGCUUUGUUGAGAUCGUUUAUAAAAGCAUAUGAUGUAGCCAAAAUCAAUACCUGUGUCCGAGGGUUGUGAACAUUUCCACACCACUACAGGUGCUAUUUAAACAGUGUUGAAUCCUGUCCUGAGAGCAAGCCGUGCAUUUUGUUUGUUGUUUUGCUUUGUUUUUCUUUUUAACCGACGACCUGCAGAAGCCCAGCGCUGCAGCCGCACGUAGCACGGCCGGUUUGAAGACGGCAUGGGGAGCGGGGUUUUUGUUAGGCUCAUUCCUUCGAAGCCAUUUGUUUCUUGAGAAAAACAAUAAGCUAUUUCUGUAUAUUGCCAAAUUACUUGAAACAGACAGUAGGAUAUGCUGGCAGCCAAAUCACAAAUGCACAUACACUCACUCACACACGUUAUUCACACGCAGAUAAAAAAUGUAUAUAUAUAUAUAUAUAUAUAUAUAUAUAUAUAUAUAUAUAUAUAUAUAUAUAUAUAUAUAUAUAUAUAUACAUUUGUGUGUGUGUAUAUAUAUACAUAUAUAUACAGUAUAUAUAUAUUACAGCAGGGAUCUGUGUUAAGCUCUUGUCAUGAGCUCGUGAGGCUUGUUAUGCAUAUUCAGAAUCACUCAGGGGGGAGUGAUUCCCAUAAAAAAAUGAAAAAAUAAAAAAAAAGGAAUUGCAUUUGAAGGGUAUUACAUAUAACAUUUCUUGAUAAUAAAACCUAAUACUUUGUGCUUGUGAACUUGUAACCUGUGAACUUCUGGCCGUCGAGUUGAAAAGGAGGAAGGAGGAUAAAUGUCAGGAUUAUUACUUCACGCUUGUCUAUUAUUUUUGGUUUUGCUGACAUAGCCUUUUUUUUUUUUUUUUUCUUCUCCCUCCUCGUGUUGGGCUUUUUUACAUGCACGCAUUUACACGUGAACAGACCCCCUCAUGGACACGCCUGGUGCUCCUGCAGGUGACUUCCUGUAUCUCCCGACUCACAUGUUAAAAGCGUGUUAUGUGUUUAUCUACCGAGUUCAUUUUAGUUGAAUUAAUCCCGCCAGGAUGUGUAAUCCCUCACAGUGCAUACAGCGCAGCCGACUGUAUGCAUGCAUGUAUUUAUGCAUUAGGAAUUGUUUGAGAAAAAUGCAUAUAUACUCGUUGUAUGUCUCUAUAUACUCAUGUAGUACUUGACCCUUGGUUUUUUUGUGAUACCUCUGAAGUUGAAGAAAUGUUGAACAACGUUACACGCCAGGUAGGAGGGAACACUGUUACCAGCGAUUUAACUGUUGAACCAGAUUUUGAAAAUGGUGGCAGGCGCCAUAGUUGUAGCAUCUGGAAACCCUGGGACCCCUUCCUUGUUUGGGGUAGUGACAUGAAGUGUAUUCCCUGCUGUGUAUAAUAGUGUACAGAUUUGUGUAUAAUAUCAUCUUGAGGCCAAGGCAGAAGAGUGGGUGUGCAUGGUUGGCUGGAAUGAGCUACUGUGCUAUCUGAGGUGUAGUGCAUGAGCUAGCUGUACCCCGACCCCCCCGACUUGUUCCAGCGGUUCCGUCCCUUGACAGAUCCGAGGAGGAAUCUUGUGUUUUUAGCACUUAACACACCCUCUGUUCCAAUUUUAACAAUCAGGGAUUACAGAGGAACUCUUGCACCAUCCUUCUUUUUUUUAAAUGGGUUUAUUAUUACGAGUGCGUGUACAUAGAUGCAGACACAGGAAAAAGCCUCUUUAACGGACGUUUCAUGUGCACGUCCUGGUGCUCCCCGGAGUCUGGCCUGUUAGAACUUUGACGUGGCACAAGUGUCAUCUGACCACAAGCUGGCAUGUUCAGCACAUCAGUAAGUCUCCAAUUUCCAGAACACUAUCCAUCAUUUCAUUUUGGCAGGUAGAAUCCCAAACCAUCACCUGACCUUAGUUACAUCGUAUGAAGACAACUGACAACCAAAUCCAGGGAUUGAUGUAAUCCCCUCUAUUAAAAGCGGGGUUAUUGAUCCCUGGUAAACAUUUUGUACAUUCAGUGUAAAGUGUUUCCAGCUUCCCUGGUUGGCAGUUUUACACUGAGUUAGAGUAGAGCUCGCCUUCCACACAACCACUCGAUGCUACUGCUUCGUUCAAGCACAGCUGAUCUCUUCUUUCACAACACAUCACGUGCUGGUUUAAAGCUGAGAAAAACAGUUAAAAAAAAAAAAAAUAGACAUACCACUAAAUACCUUAAUGACCUCUUGAACGUUUCCUUUUUAUUAUCUUCUCUUGUUGGCCAGCUCCUCUCCAUACACCCCCUCUGAACGUUACCCUUUUAUUAAUCUUGCUUCAUUGUUAGUGGGUAUUUUUCCUGUGUAUUCCAUUUUGAAUUGUAAUCUAGUUUGUAUAAGAAAUGGUGCGCAUGUAAAUAAACCUUGGUGAGGCUCCA